AUGUACCUGAUCACUGUGUUGGGAAACCUGCUCAUCAUCCUGGCCGUCAGCUCAGACUCCCACCUGCACACGCUUAUGUACUUCUUCCUCUCCAACCUGUCCUUGGUAGACAUCUGUUUCACCUCCACCACCAUCCCAAAGAUGCUGGUGAACAUCCAGACAGAGAACAAAGCCAUCACCUAUGCAGGCUGUAUCAGCCAGAUGUAUUUCUUCUUAUGCUUUGCAGGAUUGGACAACUUUCUCCUGACUGUAAUGGCCUAUGACUGCUUUGUGGCCAUAUGUGACCCCCUGCACUACAUGGUCAUCAUGACCCCCCAGCUCUGUAAUCUCCUGGUUCUGGUGUCCUGGGUCAUGAUCGUCUCCUUAUUUUAUGGUACUGGCCUAGGAGUGUAUCUCAGCUCUGCUGGUACUCACAGCUCACAUUCAAGGGGAGUUGCCUCAGUGAUGUACACUGUGGUCACACCCAUGUUGAACCCUUCCAUCUACAGUCUCAGGAACAGAGAUAUAAAGGGGGCUCUGAGAAGAUUAUUUGGGGUGGCAGCUAUAAAAGGACCAUUUGUCCUAGGGCUGAAGAAAUGCCCAUGUUUAUAG